AUGUCGAGAUUAAAACUAUGGAUAAUGGUAGCUUUGAUAAUAAUUUCCGUGACAGUGUCAUUGUUGAAUUUCGAAACACUAACAACAGCGUUGAGUGAAUACAAAGUGUCCAUGAGCGGCGGGAACUUAUCGAAAUCGAAAGCACCUCUAGGCGGUGAAAGCAUCAAACGUCGUAUCUUAUUGUGGACGAAGAUGUUCAGUGACGAUUGGUUCUACAUGGGUACAACCGGCCACUUCGAUAGCUGUCCAAAAAAGUACAAAAACUGCGAGUUGACGCGUUCCAGGGACCUCGUCGAUGUGACUAAAUUCGACGCGAUACUCUUCCAUGGUAACGAACUGCGCCUUGACGACCUUCCAGAAAAGAGGGAGCCCCACCAACGGUACGUUUACGUGAACCUCGAGAGUCCGGGCACGCGAAAGGACCCACUUAACAGCUACUUCGAAGACUUCUUCAACAUGACGAUGACUUACAAGCUCGACAGCGACAUAUUUUGGCCAUACAGACUGAUGCGGAACAUCGCUACUGGCCAGGUGGCCGCCCCUCUUGAACAUCCUGAAUGGCUCCAAGCCUUGGACAACUCGAUGAAGCCAAGUCUCAACGUGACGUUUGAAAGGAAGAAGAAGCCCAUCGCGUGGCUUGUCAGCAACUGCGAUACUCCGGGCAAACGCGAACUCUACGUUAACGAGCUUCAGAAGCAUGUGCAGGUCGACAUAAUCGGGGGAUGUGCGAGAUUCUUCAACGAUGCUCCCAAGUGUUCCAAGUCGAAGAACUGCUUCGCCGAUUUCAUUGAAAGAGAGUACUUCUUCUAUCUGUCGUUCGAGAAUUCCUUGUGCACGGAUUACGUCACGGAAAAAUUCUACAACGCUCUUGGGUACCAGAUUAUCCCAGUGGUUUAUGGCGGUGCAAAUUACACCAGAUUCGCACCACCGCAUUCGUAUAUAGACGCGAUGGACUUCGAUAGUCCAAAACAGUUGGCAGAAUUUUUGACAAGCUUAUCGAAAGACCGUGAAGAGUACUUGUCGUACUUUUGGUGGAAGAAGUUUUAUGAAAUAACUGAUCCGAACAAUUGGACCCUCUGCAACAUCUGUCGAUUACUCAAUAAGCUUGAUGGUCAGUCGAAAUCUUAUUCGCAUAUUAGCAGCUGGUAUGCGCAGGAUCAAUGCCCGAUUCAGAACAGAUUCUUCAACGGGAUGUUUGCCACGAAAGCGUCGAGAGAUCGUACAUGAGAAAAAAAGAAAAGCUGAAG